UUCAAUCCUCUCAAUAUUUUUCUUUUCCAAUAGUUCGUGAUCUAAAAUUACCUUCAACGGUUCGUAUAGCUAUAAAUAAAACCACCAAAACCUUCGAGAUCUGACACAACACGACACGGGAGGUUUUAUUAUUAUUAUUCGGAAACUUAUGAAGAGAGAAAGAGAAGAAGGAGAAUUUGAAGUUUUGGAUAUGGUAGAUUGCUUAAUGUUGCUAUCCAAAAUGGAGGAGCCACGGCGGAAGAAUGGUUUCGCUCCGACGCCGGCGGCGGAUUCCGACAAGGUUUUUGUCUGUAAAACGUGUAAUAGAGAAUUCUCAUCUUUCCAGGCUUUAGGAGGGCAUAGAACCAGCCAUACGAAGCCCAAUUUCAACGCUAACGGCCCACCAACUAAGUCCAAGGCCCAUGAGUGUCCAAUCUGUGGGCUUGAUUUUCCGAUUGGACAAGCGUUGGGCGGUCACAUGAGGCGCCACCGGGACACCGCCGCCGCCGCCGUAUUGAAGAAGUCUGAUGGCUGUGGGAAAAGGGUUUUUGAGUUGGAUUUGAACUUGCCGCCAUUAGAGAACAAUUUGAAUUUGAAGUUGCAACUGAGUUUAUAGGAUAUUAUUCAAUUUUUUUAAUUCAUUUUCCCUAUGUUUAA